AUGAGACUUUGUACAGCCACUUCGGUCCUGUUGGCGGUCGCGUUCGCCGCCAGUCAUGUCUGCUCCAAGCAACUCUUCAGAAACAUGGAAACGUUUGACUUCGAAAGCAACGAAAUCGUGGAACAACCGGACGACGAAGGGAUAAGGUCGAACCGUUCGAACGUGGAACGCAUCAACCUUACUUUGCCGGGUACGAAGUGGUGCGGUCCGGGAAAUGUGGCCGACGACUACGACGAUUUGGGCAAGCAUGAGGAUGAGGAUAAGUGCUGCCGAGAGCACGAUCAUUGUGAUAACAUUGCUUCCGGCGAGGAGAAGUACGGCUUGAAGAACGAUGACUAUUUCACCAGGUUGCACUGCAAGUGUGACCGAGACUUUCAGCAGUGUUUGAAGAAGAUCAACACCACCCUUUCGAACCGUUUGGGAAGCUUCUACUUUGCGGUUCGGGACAAGUGCUACAAGAAACAGCAUCCCAUCGUGGAAUGUGGUGAAAAGAAAAAUAUGUUAUUUUUGCGGCGAUGCGUACGGUAUGUCUUGGAUAGUUCGAAGGACCGUAAGUGGCAAUGGUUUGAUUUGCCUUUCUAUGAUGAUAAUAUGAUCAACGAUUUCUACUGAAUGCAAUAAAAAUAGUGCG